AUGUCUACGUCUUCGGGAACACCAGAGUCAUGGAUUAGUUCGUUCUGUUCUCUGCUGGGCCACGAAUAUUUCGCUGAGGUCUCGGAGGAAUUCAUCGAAGAUGAUUUCAAUCUAACUGGUCUGCAAACCCAGGUGGCCAUGUACAAGGAAGCCUUGGAGAUGAUCCUGGAUGUAGAACCCGAGGAUGACGACGACGAGGAGGACGAAGAGGAAGAGGAUGAGGGAGAUGAGUCAGAAGGCGGGCUUGAUAGGAGGACACAUGGCGAGCGAAGGCAUCAUAGCCGUAUCGCAAGCGAUCUUUCUGUGAUAGAAUCUUCAGCCGAGAUGCUGUAUGGCCUCAUCCAUCAGAGAUUCAUCUGCUCUCGUGCGGGUAUCCAGCAAAUGUCGGAGAAGUACGAGCUAGGGCACUUUGGCGUUUGCCCGCGGACGAACUGCAACUUGGCUAGGACCUUACCUGUAGGCCUGUCCGACAUUCCCGGCGAGGAUACUGUCAAGCUCUUCUGCCCUUCCUGUCUGGAUGUCUACGUACCUCCGAACAGUCGCUUCCAGACCGUGGAUGGCGCAUUCUUCGGCCGCACAUUUGGCGCACUCUUCCUACUCACAUUCCCUGAAUACGAUUAUACGAAACACGGCGCCGAUAUCUUAUCGAGUCACUCUAUGGGCUCACUAUCUCACUCCGCCAGCGGAACUCGAAUCUCUGCAGACUCGGACCAGUUGGUCAAUGGCAUGCAUGCACGCAACAUUGCGCCGGGGCUGGGACGUGGUAAGAUUUACGAGCCUAAGAUCUAUGGCUUUAGAGUAUCUGAGAUUGCUCGAUCUGGUCCACGGAUGCAGUGGCUGCGUGACAAGCCAGAGGAUAUAAAUGAGCUGGACGAAGCACGCAUAUAUGCAUCAGAGCACCCCGAUUCCGACGAUGACGAUGAAAACAUUGCAUGCUUUGCCUCGUCCCCAAAUGUGAGCGUUUAUUGCUUGACGCUCUUCCCGUAG